AUGGAGAAGAAAAUUUCCGUUAUCGUUUUUAUCUUGCUGAUAGCCGCCCCAGGUUGUUAUGCUUGGAGCUGGGGUGGAGUAUUAACAGGGGCUGUUUGUAUGGUGGCAGCACCUAUUGCCAUACCAGCAGCACUUGGAACAGUCGGUUUUAGUGCAGCAGGAAUAGUGGGAAGCUCCAUAGCGGCCAGUGCUAUGUCAGCGUCCUCACCUGUUGUUACAGGCAGCUUAGUUGCCAUGGCUCAGUCAGUUGGAGCGACAGGCACUAUUGGAUUGGCAACAAAGGCUGUGGCUGCUGGUGUAGGUUACGGCACCUAUUGUGCAACUCAUGAUUGCGAUUAA